GUGCGCCAUGCGUAUUGGAUGUUUUUAUCGAGGAUGCGCUCCCAAAGAUAAAACACGCACUGUCCGAGCGGAAGCGCGUUCUCGUGGUUGCCACGGGCUCUAGGAGCUUACAGAAGGGGAGAAACGUCAUCAAAACACCACCGCGCACCUCCGUGCAGAGGGACACAGAGGUUAAAUUUACUACAAGCAAGAAAAAAAGGGGAGAGGUGGCGCGUCAGGGAGCCUGGGUGCAGAGUCACUGAGACAGCGGUCAGAGUGGUAGGACCAGAGAUUUGUGCGUCUUUCGGUUAUCCGGUGCUCUACAUACCCUCACACACACGCGCACACACACUGUGCCUUUGAAGCUGAAGCGGGGAAGGAGAAGGGGAUCUCAGAGGCGGCUGCCCAGAGAGGAGGAGGACAAUGGAGGGGAUGCAGGCAUACGGAGCGGGGAAAGCUGGAGGAGCCUUCGACCCUGUCACCUUCCUCCAGCAGCCUCAGACCAUUCUCCGCAUAGUGUCUUGGCUUUUCUCCAUAGUGAUCUUUGGCUGCAUUGCCAACGAAGGCUACAUCAACCGUCCCAACGAAGUGGAGGAGUUCUGCAUCUUCAACCGGAACCAGAAUGCUUGUAAUUACGGUGUCUUCAUGGGCUCGAUGGCCUUUCUCUGCUGUGUUGCGUUUCUAGCUCUUGAUGUCUACUUCCCUCAGAUCAGCAGCGUCAAAGACCGCAAAAAGGCAGUCCUGGCUGAUGUUGGGGUGUCAGCGUUUUGGUCCUUCAUGUGGUUUGUGGGUUUCUGCUUUUUGGCCAACCAGUGGCAGGUGACCAAACAAGAGGACAACCCCCUGAGGGAGGGAGGAGAUGCUGCCCGUGCAGCCAUCACCUUCUCCUUCUUCUCUAUCUUCACCUGGGCGGCCCAAAGCUUCUUCGCCUUCCAGAGAUACAAGCUGGGGGCCGACUCGGCCCUCUUCUCGCAGGACUACACUGACCCCAACCAGGAUGCAGCCGGAGCGCCCUACACGUCCUUUGGAGGCGAUGACUUGGAUAGCCCGGGUGGCGGAGGGAACCAGGCCAACAGCGACGGAGCAUUUGACAGCACCGGGGGCUACCAGCGUCAAGACUACUGAGUUUCUGAUAUUCGUCGGUAGAGAUUAAAGUUGCCCAACAAAUCUAAAUUGAGGCCCUAUUUGUAUUGUUUCUGUCACACUGAAAGUCAGAGUAAAACCCACCCAGUUUGUAGUUCAUACUGGUCCAACUUUACCCAGUUCUGCUUUCACCCAGAGUUAAAUGCAACAGUUCAAAGUCAUGUCCGAUGACAGACAUGUUAAACACGAUUGGUAACAAAUAGUCACUUGUUUUGUUUAGAAACAGUCAUGGUAGAUUAUCAGGGCUUGCAUCAACACAUCACAUACACUACCACUCAGAUGCAUGGGGUCACAUGGUAAUUUUCACAGUUUCCAUGGAAACACAUGGACUUUGAAUAGAAAAUGUUGCAAAUGAACAGAAUAUGCACUGACAAGCCCUAAUUUAAGGUUUUUAUAGUUUUAUUCAACCCCAGUAUUCAUUAAAAAACACCUUUGACAGCAAUUGCUGCUUGGCAAACAUUUAGGCAUUCUUAUCAUUUUAAAGGGUAAAUUUGAUUCCCCUCGUGCUUCCUGGAACAUCUCUGGAAACGAUUGUGGCUUCUCCAUUACAGUGAUAGAUCUGGCUGAAAGCUUUUUAUUAAAAUGUUGCCGAGUUUCAAAUCAGCUGUUGCAUGUUUGUUUGAAAGCUCAAAACAACUGGAAAGAAAGGAUUUUCUUCGGAGAUGUGUCAACCUUUGGGGAAGUAUUGGGGAAGGGUGUCGAAUGCGAGGAAAUUUCAGAACUCAUUUGAUCAGGUCAAUUUAAUCUUAAAUCAGGAUAAUGACCCAAAACACACCAGCAAAAUAAUUCAUCCAUUGUCAAAUCGGAUUAUCCACUCAGGGUCGCCGGGGGGCUGGUGCCUAUCUCCAGCAAUCUCUGGGCAAGCAGGCGGGGUACACCCUAGAAAGGUUGCCAGUCCAUCGCAGGACAACCAGCAAAAUCAGCAGUAUUUAAAGAACAAUCAGUCAAACAGAAUUCCAACUGUUUCUGAGUGGUUGGUAUAGUCUCUAGAUUUGAACCUCAUUGAGAUGUUGUUGGAACACUUUGCUCUGGAAGCUCUCGAUUUACCGGUCGAUCUACAUUCCCACCCUCAUCUAUGGUCAUGAGCUUUGGGACCAAAAGAAUGCGAUCACAGAUACAAGCGACUGAAAUGAGUUUUAUCCGCAGGGUGUCUGGCCUCCCUUAGAGAGAGGAUGAGAAGCUCGGUCAUCCAGGAGUGGCUCCGAGUAGAUCCGCUGCUUCUCCACUUUGAGAGGAGCCAGUUGAGAUAGCACGGGCAUAUGGUUAGGAUACCGGGCAUGUCCAACUGGGAGGAGACCCAAGGGAAGACCCAGGACACGUUGGAGGGACUAUGUCUCUCAGCUGGCCAGGGAACGCCUUGAGAUUCCUUCGGAGGAACUGACCCAAGUGGCUGGGGAGAGGGAAGUCUGGGUCUCUCUACUUAGGCUGCUGUUCUCGCGACCUGACCCUGGAUAAGUGGAUGAUGAUGGAUGGAUGGUAUGGGUGAGAAAGGCUUGACCAAAGGCACCAAGAAAGAUUCUGAUCCGUCACACUAAUACAUCUUUUUGGAGAUGCUUCAGGAAACAUGGGGUGAAAUUUCAUCAUACCUUGAAAAACUGCCUGCUAGGAUGAUGAAGGUCUGCCAGGCUGGAAAUGCUGCCAAAGAUGUUUAAGAUAAAAAAUAAAACAGUAUUGAAGAAACACUUUCUUUAUAAUCUAACUCAAUGGUGUCAUUUAUUUAAAGUUUGCUAAAUUCCCAAAUCAGAGUAUUUUCAUAUUUCAGGAGAGGCUAGUUAUCUCUCACCUCUGUACCAAGUAUUAAAACUACAAACCUCUUAAGCCUGAAAUCUUGCACAUCACACUAUAUCCAUUUGGGAAUUAUUUCAAAUUUCUACUGGGUUUUUUUGUGAAUUAGUUUGGAAUAUCUGCAGGAAAAUAUAGGAUACAAAGACUAUGCUUUUGAUUGAAGGUGUUGGUGAGUUAAGGGAGCUGUAUGGUAGACUAAGAGGUUUGGGGACAUGAUUACCCUAUACCAGAUCAGUACCUGUGACCACACAGUUUUGAACGACUGAUGUCAAGUCAGUAGAAUCAGUGCUGGUUGUUCCACUCACAAAACACUGAGCAGGAAUUGAAUUCACAGUAUUGUCAGCAGAUUUCAGCUUCUUCUGACUAAACCUACUGGUGUUUUACACGAAAUCAGACCAGAGAGCUUAUAUGGCAAGGAUGUAUUCAUACAAAGGUGUGUGUGUGUGUGUGGUGACCAUAAGCAUCUAAAGUAGCUGGAAACGUGCAUUACUCGAUUUUCCUGAACAAAACCUCUCUACAAAUAUAUGUAAAUCUAUAUCAUUCUGUUUCAGUGUUUGACGGAAAAACAAUCUGCUUUUACGGCAUUAUGCUAGUUCUAUAUUAAAAAACAGUAAAGAAAAGACAAAUUAAAGAAAUUCUAUGGUCUUUUAGGUGUUGUGAUCAGAUAUAAGGUGAGGUCAUUCAUGCCUCGUUUUUUUAUGUUGCUUUAAAAAUAGAAGUUUUAUUUUGGGAUAACAAUACAUUAAAUAUAACAAAAACAGUGACCAAAUAACUUAAGUACAUACAUGUGUGUACUUUAUACUUUACAUCUGUGCAAUUCAUCGGUGCAAUCAUAGAAAUGUGUGAUGUUCCUCUGUAUCUGUUUGGCAAAGCAAGGUAAGACUCAAGAAAAAGAAUGUGGUAAAAAAAAUGUGUUUUUGAUGUGUUUGAUUUUAACCAAUGAGAAUAAAGAACAUAAUGAAAAA